UACUACAUGCAUAUUGUCUAAAAUAUUAUUUAGAAAAUGAUUUUGCUUUGGUUUUGAAUAAGGUAGUGGAGUUCCUAACAGAGAGGCCCAUGAGAGAUGCAGUGUUUUUUUUAUCUCUCUUAGAUUCCCAGACUAGUGGAAAGCUUGAUGGGUCAUCAGUGUUCUCAGGUGGCAGCCGCUACAGAUCAUACACUUGUGUUAACAGAAGAUGGAUGUGUGUACACCUUUGGUGUCAAUACUUUUCACCAGCUGGGUGUUCUUCCUCCCGUGCCUAACUGCAAUGUCCCCAGACAGGUUCAAGCAAAAAAUCUUAAAGGAAGAAUAGUGAUUGGUGUGGCUGCAGGCAGGUUCCAUACAGUACUGUGGACCAAAGAAGCAGUAUACACAAUAGGACUGAAUGGAGGACAACUAGGAUACUUGCUAGAUCCUAAUGGAGAGAAGUGUGUAACUUCGCCUCGCCAAGUCUCUGCUUUACAUCACAAGGACAUUACUAUAUCUUUUGUCACUGCAAGUGAUGGUGCCACAGUUUGUGUUACUGAUCGAGGAGAUAUCUAUUUGCUCACCGACUAUCAGUGCAAGAAGAUUGCUUCCAAGCAACUUAACCUAAAAAAGGUUCUUGUUAGCGGAGGCUUCUUAGAGUACAAAGUGGAUCCUCAACAUCUUAAAGAAAAUGGAGGCCAGAAGAUUUGUAUUCUUGCACUGGAUCAAGCUGGAAGAGUGUUUUGCUGGAAAUCUGCCAACAGUCCCAUGAAGCAGUGCCGAUGGGUCUAUGGCCGCCAAGUCUACAUGACUGAUAUUUCGUUAAAUAGGAGCGAAAUGAUGUUUGUUACACAAGAUGGUGAAGCUUUCAAAGGGAAGUGGAUGGAUGGAAAUAAACUUGCGGAAAAGAAAGGUCAGUUAUCUUGACUUCUGUGUUAAUUUUAGCA